AUGGGUGAAUUUCAAGAUGUAGAUAAAUAUAUUUCAAUUUUAAAAGAAUGUAAACCAUUAUCAGAAAGUGAAGUAAGAGAUUUAUGCGAAAAAGCACGUGAAAUUCUUUCAAAAGAAUCAAAUGUACAACCAGUUAGAUGUCCAGUCACUGUUUGUGGUGAUAUUCAUGGUCAAUUUCACGAUUUAAUGGAAUUAUUCAAAAUUGGAGGUAAUUGUCCAGAUACAAAUUACCUUUUCAUGGGUGAUUACGUAGAUAGAGGUUUCUACUCUGUAGAGACUGUAACUUUAUUAGUUGCCUUAAAAGUACGUUAUAAGGAUCGUGUUACCAUUUUAAGAGGUAAUCAUGAAUCUAGACAAAUUACACAAGUAUAUGGUUUUUAUGAUGAAUGUUUAAGAAAAUACGGUAAUCCAAAUGUUUGGAAAUUAUUUACAGAUUUAUUUGACUAUCUUCCAUUAACAGCAUUAAUUGAAAAUCAAGUAUUUUGUCUUCAUGGUGGUUUAUCACCAUCAAUUGAUACACUCGAUCAUAUUGAGAAUUUAGAUCGUGUUCAAGAGGUACCACACGAAGGUGCAAUGUGUGAUCUUUUAUGGUCUGAUCCAGAUGAUCGUCUUGGUUUUGGAUAUUCACCAAGAGGUGCCGGUUAUACAUUUGGUAAAGAUAUCUCUGAACAAUUCAAUCACAAUAACGGCCUAACUUUAGUCGCAAGAGCUCAUCAACUUGUUAUGGAGGGUUACAAUUGGUGUCAUGAUCAAAAUGUUGUCACCAUUUUCUCCGCUCCAAACUAUUGUUAUAGAUGUGGUAAUCUUGCUGCUAUUAUGGAAAUUGAUGAAAAAAUGAAACAUACUUUCCUUCAAUUUGAUCCAGCUCCAAGAAGAGGUGAACCACAUGUAACUCGUCGUACUCCAGACUACUUCUUGUAA